GAUAAACCACAAUCUUUUUCAUUGCAGACCAGACCAGAUAUAAUGUACCUCGACCUUUAUUGCAGUAAUUUGUAUAACCUUAUAGAAUACACUAGUCUUAUUCAAAAUUUUUUAUCUUUUAAAAUACUUAAAAAAUAUAAUGAAUACCAAGGUUUAUUGUUGAAUGAAUCAAUUAUUCAACACAUGCUAGCUGUAAUACUAAAGUCAAAUCUAAAUGCAUUUCUAACCCCUUUAUGGCAUAUGUACAUGUUUGCAAUUUAUUUGAAAAACCAGAAGUCGACCUAUAAUUUAUUUAUAACAUCACAUCUUUCGAACAUUAUAGAUUAUCUAAUAUCUUUUUUAUUGUCAUUUACAACUCUCGAUUGUCGAAAGAAUAAUACAUACGAUUCUACAAGUACACAAUUAUAUAAUUUAAAUGAAACAGUUAAGAUUCCAAUGAUAAAAAAAGUAAUGAAUGUAAUGGCAAAAAGAAAUAUAACUAAUAACGUUUUAAUGCAUGGCGAAAAAGUAGACAAUUGGGUUUCUCUUAAAAAAAUUUAUCUUUGCGAAAUUGUUGAAAACAUAAAUAUUUUAAAAACUAUAAUAAUGGGUUUCGGGGAUCAAAAUGAAACAAUAUGCAAUAAGAUAUUCAAAGAUAUUAGGGAUGCAUAUGAUGAUGCUAGAAAUUAUUAUUGGUUUGAUUUAUGGAUAUUAAAAAUUAGAACUUAUCAUGAAAAAAUCUUAAACAUAUUGAAAGUCGUAAUUUUACAUUUUAUUAGAAAGCAUCUAAAGUAUUUAAUGUUUAAUGAUGAUAAAAUUGUCGAACAGUGUAAUAUUGAAAUACGGAAUCAUUUACAUGAUAUUACUAAUAAAUUUGGAAUUAUGUUAUGUCGAUUUUCGGAAUUUGAAAACAUCAAAAAAUCAUUGGUAAAUUUACCAAAUGAUAUAAAUAAAACCUAUAAUAUCAUAAAUUCUGAAAUUAUUACAAAUAUUGAAAACGCAAUACGAGCAAAAUUUGACGCCGAGUCAUUUGAAAUAUUACGAAUAGAUGUAAAUAAUGAAAAAUAUAACAUGAAAUCAAUAACUAAAACUGAGGAACUAAUGGCAUGCGUUCAAAUAAGCGAAAUAAUAAAUGAAAAAAUAACAAGAUUUAAUGAAAUCUCACAAAUACAAGGUUUGAAUGAUAACUUCCUAAGAUUUAAUAUUUUUGUACAGUACUUUGAAAAUAUAUUCAAAUCUAAACUCAAGGUUUUUAAGUCAUUCAUGUGUUUUUCUGUACACUUCAACAUUACAUUUGAUCAUGAGACAGAACAAGAAAAAAAAAAGAGAUUACUUGAUCUAGAAGUAUACUAGCAGAUAAAUGAUUAAAAUGACUUAUGUUUUCUAUAAGUUCAUUAAAAUUCAUAAUAAUCAAAAUUUAAUUUUCAGUUUUAAAAAAUAAUAUUUGAAAGCUUGUAUUUGUGUAUUUUGAUUUUACUAAUAAAAUUAUGAAAUAUUGUCUAUUGAA